CAGACUCUGGUGAAGAACUGCAUCAUCCCGAUCGACAGCACCCCCUACAGACAGUGGUACGAGGCGCACUACGUCACACCGCUCAGGCGCAAGAAGAGAGCCAAACUGACUCCUGAAGAGGAAGAAAUCCUCAAAGGAAGAAAUCCUCAACAAGAAAAGAUAAAAAAGAAACCUAAAAAACAUAAGAUGAGCGCAAAAAGACAGUUCCAACAGGGCAAACUGCUUGCAUGCAUCGCCUCUAGACCGGGUAACUGUGGCCGAGCUGACGGAUACAUCCUGGAAGGCAAAGAGUUGGAGUUCUACCUGAGGAAAAUCAAAGCCAGGAAGGGCAAACAAACAUCCUCCCCACCCCAGCAUCUAAUAAACAGAACUUUAUUAAACACAUAG